AUGUCGCUACCGACUCUUGGCCUGUCGACCGGGCUGCCAAGUCCAUCGGCGGCGAUAUCAUAUGAGCGUCCAUCCGCAGUGUGGCAAGGUGGAAUCCCGGAGAGUGCCUCUGUUGCGGUCAGCGAACAUAGCGGGCAACCCACAACAGGCCUUUAUGGAGGCCGCGACGGUUCUCUGAACCAGCCGGCGCAGGGCGUUCUGUGCUCCCCGCAGCAUAGUGAUGGCGGCGGAGGUGGGCGUCGCGAGCCGCGCCGGCGAAACGCGCCGGACAUGGAUCUACACGCCCUCUCUGCUCAAAGAUGCGCCAGUCCCCUCCCGCGCGCCACCGGAUCACAGGUCCUCGCGACGUCUAGUCAGGCGUUUUCUGUGAAUGAUGGCAGUCUUAUAGCAGCUCCUGGUGUUGGAGAGUGCAGCGUGGGGGUCCACUGCACAGAAAGGCUCCCCCCACAUUCUCCUGUUUCGCAGUUGUAUGGGAGCCAACCAAUGGACGACCCCAUGUGCUUCAGGGACGCCUCGCCUGCCUAUCGUCAGGAGCGGCAGACAGCUCUUCCAUCCCCCUGCGCCUACAGCUCAGGCCAGUCCCUCCACCCAAUAGCGGCGCGCCAGUGCGACACGCCCGCGCCCGUCUCUCGCGCAGCCUCGGGCGCGAGUCAUCGCUUCCCGUCCAGCAACGCAAUCCGAAACGGUCCCGGGAUGGGUGCAGGUGCCAUGUGUGUGGCUUACCUUUCUCCCACGCAUUCUCCCUCGCCUUGUCGAGUGCGAUACAGUUCCUCGCGCUCGCCGAAUGCGCGCAGAUACAUUGCCAAGAGGCCGACGAGGCGAUCCGAGGAGACAAAGUCUGGGUGGUUGCUGCCCAGGAGUCCUCGCAUGCAGAGUCCCCCGAAUCGCCGUUACGAGCUGGCGGUUGUCGCUGCUCUGCUCACGCCUCGUGCGGUGCCCAUGCCCCGGUUGAUUCCUUCGCCGUCCAACGCAGCGACCUCCGCCCAAGCGCGGACGCGAGUCAUCGAUCCGCCGCGCCCGUGUGCCCCGCCCAGCCCCAUGGCCAAACUGAACCCCUUCUUUGGUUGCCGUGGCUUCAGUUGUGAUGCGAAUCCCAGAGAGAAGGGUGCAGAAGAAACUCUCAGCGUCCACCCACCCGUCUGGAAGGAGGCGCGUGCAGAAGUUUCCCAAGCCCCGCCGGGGGUUCCUUCUGUCACAACUUGUCAAGCUCCCACGGCACACGCGGCAGGUCCGGGUGUGGUGGCAGAAGGCAGCCAGCGGGAGGCCUCUUCGCACUUUGCUCAUGGGAUGGGCUCAACGAAUAUCGCGGCAAACGGGGCGGCUUCUCCUACACAGCUCCGUGCGGCGUCAGGCGCCGCCAAUCUUGAGCUCCCGGGAAGUUCUUUUCCGGAAGCGGCAGGGGCUGUCCAUUUCAUUGGCUUUGCCUCCACGCCUCUGAUAAGCCAAGAGCAACAGGUCGGUCGAUAUAACCAGCAGGUGGCUGCGCAUGCGAUGAGUCCCGCAGUGCCUUCACUCGCAGAUAAAGCUUCGAGAAAACUGGCGUUUCGGUAUGGCGCCGCGUCGGCAUUACCGGAAAGAAUGACUCCACUCCCGUCGACUAUGAGCGACCGUACCUAUGUAGGAACCGUCAGCUCGUCGUCAGCGGCUUGUUCCGCUAUAGACAAUACAGCGCUCAGGCCGCUGAAGGGUGAAGACGCGACCGAUGCAGCGCCCGGCGGUUGCUUUGCCAGAGUCAGCGAAAGCAUGGGAAUUCUUCCCUCGUGCAUGGACCCUACGCUGUUCCGGGAGAGGUGUGCCUCGUCGAGUCCUCCCCCGCAGGCGUGGACAGCUCCUCCUAUUCCUCAAGCUUUUACAACCCUCGAACCCCUGGCUAGGAGGGCGGAGCCAGCUUCUGCGUCACCUUUACGUGGCGUUGAAGCCGUAUCUGUUAACAAGGAUGCGCGGAGUCAGUUCAGCGAGAUUUCGGCUGGCUUACAGAAGGCGUCUGCCUCUGUUGCGCUUGAGUCGCUGAUGAAUGCCAAUCCGCUGAGUACUUUGUCAUUCCCGUUUCAGUUCAUGGGCGGCGGAGGCGCCUCGGGCGUUGCUGCUGAAGGCGUGGACGUGGAAGAGAGCCGCGUCCGCGCCCUUCUCAAAGGCCUGGAGCAGCUGAAGAGUCAUCCCACGUGCCUCAAACCUCGAGAUGUGAUAUUCGAGUCGUCGUUCUCAAAUUCAACAUCUGGAGAGUUGAAGUACCAAGUGAUCGAAGAAGGGAGUUUCGGGAAAGUGUUUGCAGGCUCGAUGGCCCGCCGUCCUGACCAGAAAGUGGCGAUCAAAGUUCCCGUGGAAGCCAUGCUGAAGACCGACCCCUCAGGAGUCAUGGAGCGCUUCACAAAUGAGUGGAAAAUCCUUGCUGCAUGCGAUCACCCGGGAAUCAUUCGUCUUGUCGGGGGCGUUGUACACGGACCCUUCGAUGUCUGGUUGGUGACUGAGCUAGUGAAGAACGGCUAUGACCUUCAUUCCAGAAAAUAUUCCCGCGACCCCGCCAUCAAGCGAUCUAUCUCGCCAGGCGCCGCGAUCUCGAUGUGUCGCCAGCUGGCCUCCGUUGUGGCAUAUCUACACGAGCCUCUGCCGGCGAGGGGCAAGCCCAUCAUCGUGCAUCGGGACAUCAAGCCAGAAAACGUCAUCGUCGAUGAAGACUGGCGCAUUCAACUCUGCGAUUUCGGAGAUGCAGAGGGAUCCACUGACGGACGUGUGUCGCGCGUGUCGGGAGCGACUUGGUUCUACGCGCCUCCUGAAUUGCUGAUGUCGUCGCCUAUCGAGCGAGCCGCUGGCCUUGUUGGCCCAAACAGCGCCUCUGCAUACGGACCUUCGUCCGGGGCCGACCGCUUCGAUGCGACGAGGCAAGGCGCAGAAGUGGUUUUCAGCGAAAAGUGGGAUGUUUGGUCGAUGGGGUGCGUGUUCCAUGAAAUGUUUGGCUUUCAGAACCCGUUUCAUACGUAUGUGGCGCCCACUGACCAGCCAGACACCAUUUAUGCGAAACUCAAGACCUGCGCUCAGCAGAACACCCUCCACCCCGUGAUCGAUCCGAGGCUCCAAGGUCGCGUCCGCGAAAUCAUCACCAGGUGUCUUCAUCCGAACCCAGCCGAAAGACCUAGUGCGGAAGAAGUCUUCCGCAUGUGGAUCUGCGCGGAUGAGCUGCUUCUGAAGGACAUUCAAAUCGACGCAGUGCUUGCCCAACCCGCGACGGCCAGCGAAAAGCCCCAGCCCGCUCUGCAGCACUACGCACCGAGCAGCACUCAGGCACACGCGGAGCCUUCUGCUGCGCUGUGGGGAGCCAACGCGGUGAGCCCAGCCGGGCAGCAGGAUCCUGUUUACCUGGUCAGCGCCUCCCUCCAUCCCGAAAACUCUGUCCUCGGUAUGGGCGGCAGAGGCGGCGUCCCAGGCGAUCGAAGCCUCAGAGAGGAAGUUCACGCGAAGAGGAAAGGCGCGCAGCUGGUUCAGGACGCUAGGAUGCAGAACGGUGCUGAGAGUCUGGUGCGGGUCGGAAGCGGAGUGGUGGGAGCCGGCGGCGAACACCCAAAUGGCGAUGGCGCACCUCCGAGUUACCCGAAUCGGCUGUCUCCUUCAGUCUGCAAGACUCUCCGUACGGAUCGCAGGUCUGCACACCACAGCCUUCCGAAGAAUGGGUGGCAGUACCAAGUCGCUAGCCCGCUUGUCCUCUCCGGCAAGUCUGGUGCCUUCGGAGACGCUGGACAACAGUCAGGGGGGCAGACAGAGACAGAGGAGCCCUACGCGCCGGCGCCUACUGGCUGGAAGCGGGGGAACAGGGCCAUGCAGGCCAGACGCGACUCCGCGGGUUUGUCAGCUGCGAAUCAGGGCAUCGCGGGUCCGCUGGGGACAAACACAUCAGACGAAGGACCCGGGUCGCGUCUCUUUACAAACAGCAGUGGAAGGACGACUGUUCGCCACAUCGUGGGAGAGGACGGUUUCGUGAGCGUGCCGAAUCUCGCUAUCGUCUCGCCGACGUCGGCUGACUUCAUCUCUUGA